GAUGAAGGCGAUCUUCAUGUAUUUGUUCUUGUAUUAAUGAAACACGCCUUCACGGUUCUAUUCAAUAUCAAUAAAAACAAUAAGAAUGCUACACAGCUGGGGCUGAAAAUGCAGUAGCUGCCUUCACUGGCUAAUUGACAGCUUAAAUAUACACAGAUAUGCUCUAUUGCCUGACCUUAUUAGGCUCUUCUCUGUCUGCUCUUCUCAGCCCUUCCCCAAGGUGUUGUCAUAGUCCAAGUUCCAGCUAUUACAGAGUGCCCUGCAUUCAUACUGGAACAAAACUGUGAAACAUUCACUUGUUUUUAUCUGACACCCUCCAAUGUAUUCAGAUUUCAAACAGAGUAUCGACGAAUUUAUGUUUAUCCAACAACUAUGAAGGUUCUUCUGGUUUUUGAUUUUGACCAUACAAUCGUAGAUGAAAACAGUGAUACCUGGAUUGUGAAAUGUGCACCUGCUUCAAAACUUCCUGAAGAAAUUAAAAAAUCCUAUCAAAAAGGACUUUGGACAGAAUAUAUGGGUAGAGUCUUCAGAUAUCUGGGGGACAUUGGCAUAAGAGAAGAGGAGAUGAAAAGUACUAUGACAGCAAUCCCUUUCACUGCAGGAAUGAAAGAGCUCCUAGAUUUUAUUGGUAAACACAAAGGCUUUUUUGAUUGUAUAAUUAUAUCAGAUUCUAAUGCAAUAUUUAUUGAUUGGAUUUUAAAAGCUGCUAAUGUCUGUCAAGUAUUUGAUGAAGUGUUUACAAAUCCUGCAAGUUUCGAUGACUGUGGCUAUCUUACUGUACAGAAUUGUCACAUUCAUGAUUGUGCAAAGUGUCCUAUAAACCUCUGCAAGAGAAGAGUUUUAGAAGAAUUCUUAGAACAUUUAAAGCCGAAGCUGAAAUACUCACAAAUUAUAUAUAUAGGUGAUGGUGGAAAUGAUAUGUGCCCAGUAAUGUGUUUAAAAAAAAGUGAUGCUGUUAUGCCAAGACAUGGGUAUAUGCUAGAGAGCAUGAUUUCUCAGUUGUCUAAGAAUCUUGUUCCCUUGGAGGCAUCAGUUGUCGUCUGGUCAUCCGGUAUUGAGAUACUGGCCUAUUUAGAAUUACUUACAAAAGGAUAGACACAAUUAAUACUGAUUAAUAACAGUAAAUGGGUGCUGCUAUCUGAAUCUUUUCACAGUAGAACUACUUUAUGAAUGUUAGAAAAAUUAACACGUUGUUUACACUACUUUGAUUCAUUGUCUUCCCUUGUGCAAAUUCAGUGUGGGGUGAGGUGGGAGGAAGGUGUGCCUGAGAAGGGAAAGGAAUUCAUAAAUGAAUGAAUUAGCAGAUGCCCAAGGUUGCAGUCCUGUACACACUCACCUAUGGGUAAGUCCCAUUGAACUCUAUGGGGCUUACUUCUGAGCAGACAUGUAUAGGAUUGCACUGGAAGUCAUUGUUAAAUGUAGGCCAUGUAAUAUCUAUAUUACAUCAGACAAACUAUCAGUGGAAGUUUACCUCUACUUAAUUACUGAAUGAGGAAAUAUGGGUAGUUGCUAUUUAUUUUCCAGAGCAACAGAAGAAUAUUCUUUCAGAGAGUUGAAAAUGUUGCCCUUAGUCCUUCUGCAAAGAGGUGAAAACCACUGAUGGAGGGUAGAAAUGUGGCAAGAGCUAAAGCCAAAGUUGCGCAAUGAUGUCCCACUUUCAGCCACAGCUUCAUUCCGUAUAAGAUGAUGUGAUUUUUACCAAGUAGCCCUAUGAGUUAACUUUUAAAGGAUUGUUGAUAACAUUGGGAUGUGAUUCUGGCUUUACUCUUGUGAGCAUCCACCCCCCCCAGCCCCUUACACCUUUAUAAUUCAUCUGCUGUUUGCAAGAAACAUAAAUGUUCCUGUUAUUUGUGAGCAACAAGGCAUUUCUGUAUAACCCUGUCAUGUUAUUCAGGGACAGUUGUUUCCAUGUGUCACAAAAUCAGCCUAGAAAUUGGGGCUGAUUUUGUCACAUGAGAUUUUCACACAUCUCAACACAACAUGGCAGUUGCCCUUCUUCCUCUUACUUACCAAAUAUACUCUUUCACAUUAUUUAAUAAAUAGCUAACAUUAUUCAGUAUCAAUCACUGAUCACAAAGUGAAAGGUAAUAAGGCACACAGGCGCAUUAGGAGGGUACUUGAUAUUAAUGCAACCUUCCAUGUUUAUUUGCACUUCCCACUAAAUUACAUGGGUCUAACUUCUAUGUAUGUUUGCAUAGGAUUGCAGCCUUAAAGUCAGAAUUUUGCUAAAUGAAUAUGUAUAUAAUAAUGUUGGAAAGGAGAAUGUAUCAAUCCCAUUUUGAUGCCUCUUAAUACAAUAUUCUAUUUCUGAGGCAUGUUUGUGCAUCUUUGUUAAUAUCUCUGAGGAUAUCACCCAGGAGUAUAUAAUCCAUUUUCCUAUGGCGUUUUAUUAGUGUUAGGAUGGUGUGUCUGAAAUGAAGAGUUUGAAAAAUGGUAUAUAUUGAUAAACAGUAUUGUGUUGACUUUUGUACCCUAUUGUGAAAUGUAACUGUGUUAAAAUGUUUAGUAUGUGGAAAAAUAUUCAGAUAAAGUGAUUUUUUCAGUUUGAAAGCAUAUAUAUGUUUGAAAGUGUGAAUAAGGGACUGUUGGGAGCAAAACUAGAUAGGCUUCCAGAUCGUAGUAAUUGUAUGGCAAUCUUCCCUUUGAAGAGUUAGCAAUCUGCUAAAAUUCAAAUAUUGAGGUUAAAGGGCUUGAUACACUGAGCAAUGGAUUUGCUUGGAGAUCCACUUUUGCUCAGUUGUUAUUUUGUCUGAAUACAAUGUGCCUACUGCAACUUUUGGAGUCUAUAUAUUCUUUAAAAUAACGAAGAUAUAAAUUUAAUUUAUCCUGUUUGUAGUUUUGUAUUUAAGGAUUCCUGCUUAUAUAAAGAUGCUUAAUUAAAUAUUUUAUUAAGUAACCACA